AUGGGCAAACCUAAAUCUGCUCCCUUCGGUGGGCUACAAAAGUCAGUAACAUUUCACAAUGUGUCACCAUUCCUUGUUGAAAAGGCCAUUUCAGGAGCUCUUGGUUCAGUCACUUCAACACGUAAACUUCGUUCUGGAGACUUGCUUGUGGAGGUCAAUUCCCGCAAGCAGGCUCAGCAGAUACUCAAAUUGACAUCUCUUUCAACAAUUGCUGUCAGUGUUAGUCCUCACACAACACUAAAUACCUCAAAGGGUGUUAUAACAUGCGGCGAAUUAUUUAACGAUACAUUAGAAAAAAUCACUCAUGAAUUGAAGCCCGAAGGAGUGACACAUGUGCGCCAUAUAUCUAUUUGGCGAGAUGGGCAACUUCUUCCUACUAAACAUUUUAUCCUCACUUUUAACAGACCUAAAUUGCCAGAACGCGUCAAAGUCUGCUAUAUGAAAUUGGCCAUAAGACCAUACAUUCCAAAUCCUCUCCGCUGUUUCCAGUGUCAACGAUUUGGACACUCGAAAUCUAACUGCCGCGGGACACUCACUUGCGCCCGCUGUGCAGAGAAAGGUCACGAUAGCCAGCAAUGCUCCGCUGAAGAAAAAUGCGUGAACUGCAAGGACAAUCAUUCAUCCUUUUCUCGAUCUUGCGAACGAUGGAUAUUGGAGAAACAAAUCGUCUCUGUGAAAUUUAAAGAGGAUAUACCAUACCCUGAGGCUAGACGUAAAGUCAUUGCUCAGACACCCACACCUGGAUUAACCUAUGCUUCAGCUACAAAAAAAACAAUUUUGCAUAAAUUGUUCCUGUACCAAUUGUGCAAAGAAUUCUGGUCAGACCAAACUCCCCGAAAACCAAUCCGAUUCUGA